AAUAUCUGUGAAUUGAUGUUGACAGAAAUGGCAUGGUGGUGCGUGGCGGCGCUCCUGUCGCUGCUGUGUGUCGGCCGCUGUCUCUCCAUUCAGCCGUAUGCCAACUUCUCCUCAGCCACCAUCAUCAACACAGUGGCUCAGGACCCACACACUGGUCGCAUCUACCUGGGCGCAGUCAAUGCCAUUUACCAGCUGGAUGCGCAGCUGCAAAAGGAGAGCAUUGCAGUGACUGGCCCAAAGAAGGACAACCCCUCCUGCACCCCGCCCAUCACUGCCACGUGCACAGAGGCGCGGGACACGAACAACUACAACAAGCUGCUGCUGACCAAUCCGAAAAAUGGCUCUCUGGUAGUGUGUGGCAGCAUCUACAGAGGCAUCUGCUCUCUUCUGAACCUCAGCCAUGUGGAGCAGCAGAUCUACUACAGCGACGUGAAAGGAGAGAAAACCUACGUAGCCACCACGGAUGAAAACGUCUCCGUAGUAGGGAUCAUCUCCACCCUCAAAAAAGGAGACGAAUACCUGAGCGUCUUCGUAGUGGGAAAAGGCUACGGUGGCUCGGACAGCUCCAAGCUCAUCAGCACACGGCUGCUGCAGGUCCACGGAGACAUGGACAUGUUUGAGAACGUGGUGGAGGCGUCCAUGGUGCAGGCCAGCCCUUUCGCUCUGCGCUACCAUCACGACUUCCACUACAUCUUCAAAGACAGUGGCUAUAUCUACUUCUUGUUCACUCGCAUUCAUGGCACCACCAAUAUCACCAUGGUGGCGCGCCUGUGUGAGAACGAUACCCAUUACUACUCCUACACAGAACUUCAGCUCAACUGCAGCAUCGCUUCUGCAGAUAAUGACAGGAAAACCUACAACAAGGUGCGGGCAGCGUACCUAGCCACACCUGGGAGUGCUCUGGUGAAGAACCUCAGCUCCCCCAGCAUAUACGGUGCACUGAAUGCGAGCGAUAAAGUGCUGUUUGCGGUGUUCAGCCAGGAUGGGGACGCCACAAGCUCUGCUCUCUGCAUGUAUUCUCUCAGAAGCAUCAAUCUCAGACUGAAGGAAGUGAUUGAGUCCUGCUACAAAGGAGAGUCUACAUCCGUUUACUCACCUUACUCCUCCAAACCUGAGGCCAUUUGCACUACAAAGAGAGAGCAGGAGAAUAUAAUGGAAAAAUACCCAUGUGGGGAGGAAUUCCUGCCAUCCCCUCUGGCCAGUAAACCCGAGUACGCUCUGACAGUCAGCCCCGUGUUCACCAGGAAGAGCAUGCUGACGGCUGUGGCUGUGGCUGUGGAGAACGAGCACACGGUUGCCUUCCUGGGCACGCGCCAGGGAGAGGUGUUCAAGGUGCAUCUGAGUACUAACUCGGAUGUGUAUAACAGGAUUCCAGGGGACAGUAGUGACGGCCCAGUAAACAAAAACCUGUUUUUCGAUUCCAGCUCGGAUCAUAUCUACAUUACCACAAAGAAGAAGAUCACUAAAGUUCCUGUGCAAGCAUGCGAACAGAAGACAAACUGUACAUCAUGUGUGAAUCAGCUGGACCCAUACUGUGGCUGGUGUGUGCUGGAGGGCCGCUGCACCAGAAAGAAGGAUUGCAGUCGAGGAGGAGAGCAGAAUGCCUGGUUGUGGAGCCCUAACCAGCAGUGUGUAGCCAUCCAAGCUUUCCAUCCUCCCAACAUCAGCUGCAAGAAGACCCAGCAGGUGGCCAUUGAUGUCAGUGCUCUGCCCAGCAUUGAGAGUGAUAAACUGGAGUGUGUAUUUAGCGAUACCCGUAGCGGCGCCACGAUGAGCGGUGGCCAGGUCAUCUGUGCUCUUCCAAACCCAUCAAGCAUCCCACCCACACCUGAAACACAAGAUUACGUCGCCGUUCCUGUGAAGAUCAUGGUGAAUAAUGUCAUUGAAGUGGCAGCCAACGAGUACAAGUUCUACAACUGUGCUGCAGUUGUGAAGAAAACAACAAACACACCGUGCAUAGACUGUGUGACCAGCCAGUGGGGCUGCCAGUGGAACACGCAGGAGCACACCUGCAGCGAUAGGGACGACUCUGUGGACAGGCCUAACAUCAUCCAGCACAUGCAGCGUGAGAAGUGUCCUCAGUUUGGGAAUCUAGAGCCAGGACUCAUUCCUGUGGGAUUCAGAAUUCCCAUCAGCUUUGAAGGCAAAAACCUGGAGAACAUGGGAAAAACCUUUCAGAUUGGCACUGAGCUCAUGAAGCAGGUCAGCGAAGUGACUAAGGACGGCGCAAAGUUCGGAUUUGAGGGCUAUGAGUUUGCAUACAACAAAAAGCCAGAGGUGAACGUGUCAUUCUAUGUGAAGGACAAGGAGACGGAGAAGAAGAUUGACAGCACGCUGCAGGUGGCGCUGUAUAAUUGUUCAGUGGGUCGUGAGGACUGCAGUCUGUGUAAGAAUGCGGAUAGGAAGUAUAACUGUGUGUGGUGUCAGACCACGAGCUCCUGCAUCUACAGCAAGCUUUGUCCCAGCGAAGCUACGCAGUGCCCUUCACCCAGCAUCACAGACAUUGUGCCACGGUACGGCCCAAAGAAAGGCCAUAUCAUGGUCACUAUAAAGGGCUCCAACCUGGGCAUUAAAAAGGAGGACAUCACAAGAAUCACGGUGGCUGGAGUGCCGUGCACCCACAAGCCAGAGCGAUACUCUGUCUCUACCAGUGUUGUGUGUGAGAUCGGGCCAUGGCGUCGUCCUCCUGGAGAUGCGGAGCCCUUCAGCACAAAGGGUGCUGUGGAGGUGGAGGUAGAGGGGUCCAAAAUGGGAGUUUCAGAAGUUGCCUUCGAGUACAGGGACCCAGCUCCUGAGAGUGUCGAACCCACCAGAGGGCCCGCCGACGGGGGCACGGUCAUCACCAUCUCAGGACGUAACCUGGACACAGCUACUAAAGAUGACAUCAGCAUCGUUGUGGGAGCAGUGCCCUGUGAAGUGCUUGACUUUGGUCCCAGGAUCACAUGUAAAACAGGUUCAAGUAAGGGUCCGUCUCUGCCGCUGAAGAUCACAGUGAAGUACGGUAGGAGCACCACUGAAGAGGUGACAAACAGCACUUUCACCUACGAGUCCAACCCAACGGUCAUUAAGCACUACCCUAAAGAAAGCUUCAUGUGCGGUGGCCGGAAUAUCACGGUUGAAGGUACGGGAUUUGACCUGGUUCAGAGAGCCGUCAUGCGAGUGCGGCCCUCUACUGAUGAUUGCAUUCCCUCUACUGAUGACUGCAGGCUCAGCAAUGUUGAGUUUGUGCAGGAGGCGUUCUUUAAGAACAAAACAGUGCUAAGGUUCUACUCUCCUCCGGUGAAGAAGAUGAAUGAGAAUCAUUCCUUUAAGACCGUCUUGCAGCUGGACAACACCAUCUCCAACCUCACCGAUUUCACGUACCACUCGGACCCCGAAUUCUUCAAUGUUACCAACAAGGCCAUCAGCCCAGGCGGCAUCAUCAUUGUCAAUGGUAAGGGUCUGUCAAAUGCCAUGACGGCUCCAGAGGCUCAGGCGUUUGUUGGAAACGAGCCGUGUAAUGUGACCAUCCUGCAAGCUGACAAGCUGAUCCUGGUGGCCCCGUUUCACCGCCCUAAAGCGCGGUCCAGACGCCAGCGCAGAGAGACCAGCUCAGAGGACAUGGAGCUGGUGAUUAAGUUUGGUCAUGGAGAAUGGAAUGUGGGUUUUGUUCACUAUGAGAAAAAGAACGAGGUUCCUCUCUACAUCAUCAUUCCUGCAGUCAUCCUCCCUAUGGUGCUCUUCAUCGCUGUGUCUGUCUACUGCUACAGGAGGAAGAGCCAGCAGGCAGAGAGAGAGUAUGAAAAAGUGAAGCAGCAGCUGGAGAGUCUGGAGGAGAGUGUACGAGACCGCUGUAAAAAGGAGUUCACAGAUCUGAUGAUUGAGAUGGAAGACCACACCAGUGAUUUAAGCGAGGCUCGUAUUCCAUUCCUGGACUAUAAGAAUUACACAGAUAGAGUCUUCUUCCUGCCUUCUAAAGACGGGGCCAACGACGUCAUGAUCACAGGAAAACUGGACAUCCCUGAAAACCGCAGAGCCACCGUGGAGCAGGCCCUCAACCAGUUCUCCAACCUGCUCAACAGCAAGACCUUCCUCAUCAACUUUAUUCGCACUCUGGAGAGCCGGCAGGAGUUCAAUGCCAGGAAUAAGGUGUACUUUGCUUCGCUGCUGACCGUGGCCCUUCACGGAAAGCUGGAGUACUACACGGACAUCAUGAGAACCCUGCUGCUGGAGCUGAUGGAGGAGUAUGUUCAGAGCAAGAACCCAAAACUGAUGCUGCGCAGGUCAGAGACAGUAGUGGAGAGGAUGCUGUGUAAUUGGAUGUCGAUUAGCCUCUACCAGUUCCUCAAGGACUCUGCUGGUGAGCCACUCUACAAGCUUUUUAAAGCCAUAAAGCACCAGGUGGAAAAAGGACCAGUGGAUGCAAAGAUGAAGAAGGCCAAGUACACUCUGAAUGACACAGGCCUGCUGGGGGAUGAUGUGGAGUACUCUGUUCUGACUCUGCAGGUGCUAGUCCAUGGCGAGGGUCCUGACGUGACUCCAGUCAAGGUACUGAACUGUGACACCAUCUCCCAGGUGAAGGAGAAAAUCAUUGAGCAAGUUUACCGGAACCUGCCCUACUCUCAGAGGCCCACCGUGGAAAGUGUCGCUCUGGAGUGGCGUCCAGGCUCAACAGGGCAAAUUCUGUCCGACUUGGACCUGACGUCACAAAAGGAGGGCAGGUGGAAACGUCUCAACACUUUGGCACAUUACAACGUGAGAGACAACGCUACCCUAGUCCUGUCCAGAGUUCUGCACACUCAACAGUCUUUCGACCAGAACCAGGACAGCCAUGAAGAGAAAAGCGCUCUGCUGGAAGAUGAUAAAGUGUUCCAUCUGGUACGGCCAGCAGACGAGCUGGAUGAAGUGAAGUCCAAGAGAGGGAGCAUGAAGGACAAAGCCACCACUAAAGCAAUCACUGAGAUCUACCUGACCAGGCUGCUCUCCAUGAAGGGCACGCUGCAGCAGUUUGUGGAUGACUUCUUCAGCAGCGUGUUGUGUUCAGGCACUGUGGUUCCUCCAGCUGUGAAGUACUUCUUCGACUUCCUGGAUGAGCAAGCGCACAAACAUGACAAUGUGGAUGAAGAGACCAUCCACAUAUGGAAGACCAACAGUCUGCCUCUUCGGUUCUGGGUGAACAUCCUCAAGAACCCCCACUUCAUCUUUGAUGUCCAUGUGACUGAGGUAGUGGACGCAUCACUUUCUGUCAUCGCCCAGACCUUCAUGGAUGCCUGCACCAAAACUGAGCACAAACUGUCCCGGGAGUCUCCAAGCAACAAGCUGCUUUAUGCGAAGGAGAUAUCAACAUAUAAGAAAAUGGUUGACGAUUAUUACAAAGGCAUUCGUCAGAUGGUGCCAGUCAGUGACCAGGACAUGAACACAUACCUGGCUGAGAUCUCCCGGUCUCAUACAGAGAAGUUGAACACCCAGGUCGCAUUGCACCAACUCUAUCAGUAUGCCAGCAAGUACUACGAUGGAAUCAUCUCGUCGCUGGAGGAGGAUCCUGCCGCUCAGAAUAAGCAGCUGACUCUCAGACUGCAGCAGAUUGCAGCAGCACUGGAGAAUAAAGUCACUGAUCUUUAGUGUGGAGCCUCAAAGGCCGAUUGGAGCGCAUCGCGCUUCAGCCCGGGACAAAACUAUCCUAAUCAGGACUUCAGAACUGAGCUAAACGUCCUCUUUCCUGUCAGAGGAUUUGGAGACAGAGCCUUCAUUCCGAAUGAAAACCGAUCUUAUAGCACAUUGUAACACAUUAUUAUCAAUAUCCUUUCAGCUUGUUUCUCCUCUAUUCUGAAGAAUCAGUGCAGACUGAAUGAGCUGAGGGCCAAGAUAACAAAACGAAAGGACUACAGAAGCGAAGGCUCGACUCGUGACGGUACUUUGCGGAUCUUCGCUGGCCACGAUGAAAUUCAGCGUCCGUUUUGCAGCUCCCUUAAUAAUUAGAUGUUUAUUCUUCCUGUGUGAAUGGAAUCAGAUAGUAUUAUAUGUAUAUAUAUUUUUACACUAAAGAUUGCGUGCAAGAGCCUUCGUGCGCAGAAAAAAAAGGAUUUAUUGUUGUUUCUGUUGACGGCCACUACGUUCACCUCUCUUUAAAGCACAUAUGGUACAACGUCUGCAGCAUUCCUCCCUGUGCUAUGAGGUCGCUUCCUGUGGGAUGUGCAUUGGCUUCGUCUCGUGUCUCAUCUUUACGAAAUCAUGCCUUCAAAGAAAGUUCAUCUUGCUUUCAUGUUUCUUUUGGUUUUAAUGCUCAUUUCCAUAGGACCACUGCUGGUUUACGUUAAGAGAAAUAACUGCGAAUGCGGAUAAGAUGGGAAUCUCUCCUCCUUCUUUGAUUAAAGGUACCGCAAAGAAUGUUUUUAGGUUUUGCUUUGGAGACCCAUGGCUAGUGACGAGUUGGCUUACUUGUACAGCUUUCACGCAGCAUAUAGAGCAUAUAGGAAGUAGCUGUUUGGGCAUUUUUUCCCAACCGAGUGUCAACUCGUAGAAUAUUCCAUACUUCUCACCACAGCGUCGUGUUAAAUAGUAUUCCUUAUUUUUCAUCACGGACGUUUAAGUGUCUGAAGUGCUGAUUUUCAGCAGACUUUUAUAUGUUUUUUUAACAUCUGUGCUUUUUAUUCAUGGCUUGCCUUACAGUUUUUUGAAACAUUAGUUUUUUUUUAUAUUUUAGAAGCACUGAUGUGAGACCUGAUAGGACUGCACUGCAAAAAAAAAACCUCUUGGCAAGUGAAAACAUCUUACAUCUAGUCAAAUCUCAUUCUGAGGAUGUUGUAAGAACAUUUUAAGUUUAUUCGACUUCUUUUCAGACAUUUUGACUUAUUUUAUAGGGCCCAUAUCAUAUAUUUCCACGUAUAUUUGUGUGGAUUCAAGAAAUAUAACUGAUUUUCAAAUGAACUGUCCCUUUAAGACUGAUCUAUGUAAAUGAGCUCUAUUUUGAUUGGUUGCGCUGAUUGGUUUUGUGUCAUUCAGUAAGCAUGAGCUGCAAAAGUUGAAGCUAUAACUUCAGACGGAGUGGGUGGGGCUGAACAUGAAUAUGUGAAAAUAUGUAAAUCAGCUGGUUCUCAUAACAUCACAGAACAAAAUCAUUCAAAAUGAGCUGUUUUUGUAGCUUAGUUUCCGUGUAUGGACCGUACAGGCUGGGCUGUGAAUGUCAUGGUUUUGAAGCUUUCGCACUGUUUACAUAUUACAUCCACCUCUUCAUUCAUUUUCAAGGAUUAUUUCUUAAAACAAGCAGAAAAUAUCUACCUUGUGUUCUGAAAUAAGCGAAAUCGUCUGUCAGUAGUAUAAGACGGUUGCAUAAGAUAAAAUGUAGACAGUUACUUUGAAUAAUCAUCAUUAUAACAGAUUCUCAGAAUGAGAAAUAGUAGAUAUAGUUAGGUUAAAGGUGCUUUUCACUCGCCAAGCUUGCAGUGUAGAGAGUGCAGUGUCAUCCUCAGCAUUAAGAGAGGACGUUGCACAUCUUGACCUUUGAUUGUCGGCAUCAAUGAAGUUUGAAUUAUGUUUCACCAUCUGCUCUUCUAGUCUCUCUAAGUGGCUGAUUACAGAUAGCUCUGAUUGCAAGACACAACCGGCUGUAAUUUGGAUGGAGAAAGAGGAAGAUGCUGAUUAAACACAUAAAAGGACUCUUAAUUCAGUUGAACAAGGCCUUCCUUCAUAAAACUGUGCAAUUCUCAGAAUUUCUCGGUCACUGUGGAGUUUGUUGUUACUUUUAGAGCUUACCAAAGGUUGGACAUGUCUUGAGCCGUUUUCCCCCUGAACUUGCUCCCUUUCUGAAUUUGCGUCGCACUCAAGAAAACCGUGAUUCACGAUCGUGACGUCGCUCAUAAAGAGCGAGUAAACGCAGUUGGGCUCGUUAUUGACCAGCUGUAUUUUAUUUUAAUUGAUGGUACUAUACUUUCCUUAAGAUUCAGCGGUCUGACUCCGAUGUCCCGUCUACUACGCAUCUCAAAAGACGUCCAUGCUGUGUUUUUAUUUUAGUUUUUAUUCUGAUUGUUUGCCCCUUCCUGCAGUUCCAGAUGUUCUUUUCCUCUUUUCUGAGAUUGCAUCGGCAUAUUGUGAAGCUUCUGUUCUGCCUUUAUCUGCCAGGAAGUGCCUUAAUGAAAAAUGAGUAAUAAUAAUAAGACUUGUGGUGAUUGUGGCUGUAAUAAAAAUUGCAAUAGUGACUAGGAUUUUGUACAAUAUGCAUUUUACGUAUGUGCCCGUUGUGAAAACCUUAUUGAGAAGUGCCACUGUGGUUAGCUUAAUGCUGGUAAAUAUGUUUUAAGACAGUGGAGAAAAGUGUAUUAAAGUAUGUUCUUGGCUUUAA